AUGGACUGGAUGAGUGAUAAGGCCGAAAAGAUGCCCAUCGCCUCAGAACGGCUAACCGAGGGUCGCACACCGGGCCAGACGCAGGCUCCUGCGGACCCUGCUUUGGGCUUGCCGACUGUGACAUCAGUGAGAAAUGUUGCCGAACUCAUGUACGGCUUAACCCCAAAAAAUCUCCUUGGCUUGACAGCUCCGAAUGGUAAACCUCUGCAUGAGGAUGAGUCAGUGGGGCAUCUCUGCACAACCUUAACGGAGCGAGAGAGGAUCAUCCGUGCUCUAAUCAAGAAGCAGCUCAGAGAUAAGAAGUACAAACGUGGACCUGAGAUUACAGCAGUCCUUUGCGACUUGGCCAAAGGUGAGAAAUACAUUUCAGGGGCAGCAGCUGAAGCAGUUUAUGAUGCUUUCGAACCACCACUUGAUGAUGAACUGCGCGAGCUACUCUUUGACGUUGUUCGUGGAGAAAAUUUAAACAAGGAGAGUGGUGGGGAAGAAAAUGAAUCUAAGACCAUAAAUUGGAAACUUCUGGCCAGUAUCCUUGAUCCCAAUCGGAUUCAACCUUGGGAGAAAUCCCCUCAACAUAACUGCAUUGAUGAAUACCCCUGCUUACCCCAGAUAGCUGAAAGACUUCCAUACCAACAAAAUAACAACAACGGACCUUUGAUUAAAAGACUUUUUGAACACAGUGACAUAAAGAAGGAUAUUGAGGAAGAAUGCGAGUUUGAGGAGGUCUGGGAUCUAGCCAAGGAGUGUGAUAGAAAGCGAAUGGCAAAACUCCCCGAACUUCCUCACUCCGACCUCGUGACAUUGGAUAGCUUUUGGCGUGCUUUGCAUCAUUUGAAUCGCAAAACAAUCGCCGAAAAAGUCGCUGCCAAGUACAAUCCCUGCUGUACCUCGAAGCUAUUUGCAGUGGGUGGAGAAAUGUCCAAGUCUCUAAUAACUCAACAAUAG